AUGCUUAACCUUAAAGGGCAAUCGCUUACGCACUCCGCACUUCCUGCCGUUGAUCCACGCAAGACGAGCAACCAGUCUAACUACUCUGCCAGCGGCGACGGAAACGAUUUUAGCCGCCUAAUUGACCUUGACAGCACGACUAUGGCCAACAUGGAGAAUGGUAUACUUUCGAAUGAAACACUGUCGGAGCUGAUCCAGGUGGAUAAUCGUCGCAGGGACCAUGAUGAAGCCACUUGA